AAACACUUUGAAAUCAGAUUUUGGUCUGCCUGAAAACCCCUCUAUUUCACUCCUUCUCAAAACAGUCGGUUUUCUGUGUCUGACCCUUUAAAUGUGAAUGAGCUCUCUGGCCACGCCCCCUCUCUGGAAGGGGACGGGGCCUCGGCUCUCCAACAUGGUCAAUGUUUACAUGGCUGCCGCAUCGAUAUGGCUGCUAACAGAGCUACUUUGGUCCGGCCAUACGAAUUUGAUCCAGAAUCCGAUCCUGAAGGAGAGGUGCCUGAAGAAGCUCAAAAUGUACGACUGCGGCAACACGUUUCUGAAUGGUGCUCCUGUGGAAACUGUGCAGCCAUGCCCACAGAACCUGAAAAUAGAUGCUGCUUGGAGACACCACAGGUUAUUAAACGUGUACGAGAGGUUGAGGAACCGAUAUCAUGCAUGAUACAGCAUCCUGGGUUGGAGCCUGUCUGCCUCAACCUUUACUCUCUGCAGAAUGCCUGCAACAUUUACAAAGCUGACUAUGGACCUAUGCAGCUUAGAGGAAUAAACCACCGCUACAGGUAUCUGGCCUACAGGAGCUUUGUAAGCUGGUGCUGGGGCUUCUUUGGGCGCAAAAUCAGAGUGGUCAUUCCAUCCUGUGUGGUGCUACGGAUCCGGACAGAGUUUCCUGAUGCCGAGAACCAGUAUGUGGGUUUUAGACCUCCCCUCGAUUAAACCGCGACACAUGGCUGGCUAUGACUUCCUCCCUGUCAGGCCGCUCGUAUUGUGCCGAGAGGUCUUCAGGGAUGGGGAUGGCAAGCACAGCCUCAGUGUAUGAUGACGGGUCCACAAAUACUGUUUCCAGCACGAGGUCCAACAUGUCAUCAACAUACCCUGUUUGUUAAAAGAAAAAGACAGAUUUUGUUUACAUUUUUAGAUUGUAUUGUUAUUUACUGUGACUGAAAGUCUGUUGCCAAAUACCUGCCAAUUUACACUUUUUAAUUUAUUAUUUUAUCUGGUUGAUUUUUUUAAAAUUGCAAUUUUGUGUUGAAUAUAACAAUUUUGUAUUUUAUUAUGGUUAACAAAGCAACUACGUUUACUUACC